AUUCAUCAGAAUCACUUCAAUACCAUAAGAGAAAGGAAAACUCUCUCUCUCUCUCUCUCUCUCUCUCUCUCAUCCUUCAAUUCUUCUUGUUGAAUGUCUCAUGCGUUUCUGUAAAGUACCGACUCUUCUUCUAACUCCCUCCAUAUAGAGUUAGAGUUAGAGUUAGAGAGAAAUGGCAUCUGGGUUCUCCGGCGGUGGGGCAGAUUUCUACACCGGUAUUGCAGGUAGAUCCAUGAAUUCCAACAAUAAUCCAUCUCAACCUCCAUAUAGAACACAACUCUCUCAAAUGUUUUUAGACCCAGCCUCGCAGAUCGCUCACCAACGAACCACCAACACCAAUUUAACAACGCAAAGCUUAAUCGGAAAGCGAACGCUUGCUGAUUUUCAAGCUCACCAACAACAAAACUACCAACAGCAGCAUCAGCCUAACAUAAACCCAGCACUCCUUCUUCGUUCGGUAAAGCCAAGGAUGUAUCAACACACCUCUCCAAUCUCCACUCUUUCUCCCAUCGAUUUCUCCGGUAACUUGUCUCCAGAAUUGCCAUCCUUGUCCCAGCGUUACGGUGGUGUGCCUCUUCUUCAGCAACUCAGGCCUCACCCCAUCAAUCUCGGGUCGGGUCUACCUUGCAUGAACACGCUCCAGAAUCAUCAACAUCGAGGAGGACAGGAGACCCAGAAAAAGAUGAUGAAUCGAUUACAGGAGCUGGAGAAGCAACUUCUUGAUGAUAACGAUGACGAAGAAGGCGACGCAGUUUCCGUGAUUACAAGCGCUAACAGCAACAGCGAGUGGUCAGAAACCAUACAGAAUCUCAUUACUUCGUCUUCGAGUUCCAUCCCGAUAUCUCCAUCGCCUACUUCUUCUUCAUCGUCAACAUCGGUGACCACUCCACUUCCCAAUUACUCAAAACAUACAUUAGUAGAGGCUGCUUCAGCCAUUUACGACGGUAAAACUGAGGUUGCUAGCGAGAUCUUGACGCGUGUUUCUCAGGUUUCAAACCCAAGAGGUAAUUCUGAACAGAGGUUGAUGGAGUACAUGUCUAUGGCCCUCAAAUCACGCCUUAAUUCUGCUGACAAUCCUCCUCCAGUGGCUGAGCUGUUUGCCAAAGAACAUAUUGCGUCCACUCAAUUGCUUUACGAGCUUUCUCCUUGUUUCAAACUUGGGUUCAUGGCUGCUAAUCUUGCAAUUCUUCAGUCUACAGUAGACCAACCCAACAGCGGAACUGGGUUUCAUGUUAUUGAUUUUGAUAUUGGCCAAGGAUGCCAAUACUUGAAUCUUCUCCACGCGCUUUCUGAGCGUUUGAAUGGAAAGCCGGCAACAGUCAAGAUCACAGCUGUUGCGGAUAAUAGUGCAGAAGAGAAAGAGAGGCUGAAGGUGGUUGGUACUACACUGAGUCAACUCGCGGAACAAUUUGGAGUAUCUUUACAUUUCAACGUUGUCAGUGCUAAACUCGGUGAUUUGAGCCGCGAGUCAUUGGGCUGUGAACCUGAAGAGCCUUUGGCUGUUAAUUUUGCGUUCAAUUUGUAUCGAAUGCCAGAUGAGAGCGUCUCAACUGAAAAUCCCAGAGACGAAUUGCUGAGGCGCGUGAAGGGGUUGGCACCGCGCGUGGUGACAUUAGUGGAGCAAGAAAUGAAUACAAAUACGGCUCCAUUCAUGGCGCGCGUGAACGAGGGAAGUUCGUAUUACGGGGCAUUAUUCGAGUCAAUUGAGUCGACGGUGCAGAGAGAUCACACGGAGCGAGUUAAGGUAGAAGAAGGACUGGGUCGGAAACUCGCCAACUCGGUUGCUUGUGAAGGUAGGGACCGCGUAGAAAGAUGCGAGGUGUUUGGAAAAUGGCGGGCCCGGAUGGGAAUGGCUGGGUUCGAGUUGAAGCCGGUGAGCCAAAAUAUAGCGGAGUCGUUGAAAGCACGACUCAGUUCGGGGAACCGGGUUAACCCGGGUUUUACUGUUAAAGAAGAUAAUGGUGGGGUUUGUUUCGGUUGGAUGGGAAAAACUCUCACCGUCGCAUCUGCUUGGCGUUAACUUCAAUCUCUUUUUGUCUCUCUGUUUCUCUUUCUUAAUUUCUCUAAUAUUAUUAAUUGUCAUACUUUAGUAAUUUGAACUUUUCCUGAGAAAACGGAAAGGCAAAGGAGGAGAAAAGAGGAAAAAAAAAAAAAAAGAAGAUAAAAAAUUAAUAAAAUGAGUGAUUUCAUUUUAGAUAAAAAUUAUUGGCUUCUCUUUAUGUGAUUGUUUUAUAUUAUAUAUGAAUGUGUGUGUGUGAAAGAAUCAAAAGCCUAAUUGUUUGGUUUGGUGUA